AUGGAUAAGAUAGAAAUCGACCUUAGAAGCUGCCUGGGAGACUUGCAGCGUGAAGGGGGAAAGUGUGAACAAGUCGCCGCCAAGUUACUCAAGGAGGGUUCCUCCACACAGACUGUUCUGUCCUCGCUGUCGAAGCUCGUACUCGACCCCGAGGUUUCCCUCGCGGUGGCGCGAUGUUUCCGCCCAGUGUUGCUGGAGUUGUUGGAGAGAGCGGCGGCCACAGUCAGAGCUGGAGCGGACGUCCCCCUACUGCACCAUGAGAAGCUGUGUGCAGCCGUCGCCAGGUUAACUCUGCUGUAUCCUGAUGUACUCAGAUUUACUGAGCGGUACUUCAGCUGGGCCCCACCACCCUUCCAAAGACUGGCAAACCAAGCCGAGGAGGGAGAGCCGGCCAGGAAAAAGAAAAAGCGAUCCUCCCAGGGACAAGAGGAGGGAUUUGCAGAUAUCUGUAAGACGUGUUUCCUCCUACUUCGGUCAGACCCAGAAGUCUUCUCAGCCAGGUGGGACUGGGGCGUGGUCCUGUCGUUGUUAGGCAACAAACACUUGGAGACCAGAUGGUGGGCAGCCCAGUGUACUAUCCUGGCCCUUUCCCUGACAGAAGCACAGAAAGUCGACCUGCUGAAUCAGCAUUUCACCCCCCAGCAACAAAUCCAGUUGACCCUACAGACAGACCGUCUCACUGAUGUGUCCCAUGAGCAGGGAAAGCUGAUGACCGCAGCUGGACAUGUGGAAAUGUCCGAUGAGUUCCUGGUGCCAAAACAGACCACAGUAGUCACUGCUGAUCUGAGCGAAUCUGUGGUGUCUGUUUGUGGAGUUUUGCUGCCUAAAAGACCAGGCUGUAAAGAAAAAGAAGUGCCUGAGACUCUGGUUCCUGUCCCCUCCACGCUCCGUAACCUGCACUGUCUGGCCAUGGCCGUGCUAUCCCAGAAAGCCGUGCUGCUGGAAGGGCCUGUUGGCUGUGGGAAGACUGCUCUGGUCGAACACCUGGCAAACAUCACAGGUCACAGCGGCGCCCCCUACUUGCUGAAGGUGCAGCUGGGUGACCAGACAGACAGCAAGGCCCUGCUGGGCACGUACAGAUGCACGGACGUCCCCGGGGAGUUUGUCUGGCAGCCAGGCGUGCUGACACAAGCCGUCGCCCACGGCAACUGGAUCCUGCUGGAGGACAUCGACUAUGCUCCGAUGGACGUCAUCUCCAUCCUCGUCCCUCUGUUGGAGUCUAGAAAGUUGAGCAUUCCUGGCCACGGAGAAACUGUGCGCUGUGCCCCUGGCUUUCAACUCUUCGCUUCUCAGCAGCUUUUGUCAAGUGCCACAGGUUACUUCAAACAGCAUUCAUCAAAUUCAUCCCUGCUGGAUCGAUUGUGGACCCGGAUUUGUGUCGAGCCACUCUCACGAGAAGAGCUGCAGAAGGUACUGGUUGCAAAGUAUCCGAACUUGUCUGGCAUCGCAGAGAAACUGUUGGAUGUGUACUGCAUGCUGUCAUCUGGUAGACAUGACAUGACAGUUGCAAAGGAGGAUGGGAUGGACUUCAGUCCAGCCCCAGAGGAUUCAGGGAUGGUCCCAGCCACAAGUUUUUCAUCUGUGGACGGUCGACUGAUCUCUACACGGGACUUGCUGAAGUGGUGCGAUCGGAUCGAGGCAGAUUUCCGAGACACUUCCCUUGGGCAAGCCUCGAGUGUGUUUCAGGAAUCUCUGGACUGCUUCUGCACUAGUCUAGCCAAACCAGCACAGCGGCUGCGCAUGUCUGAAGUCAUAGGAGCCAGGCUGAACAUCAGCAGGGAGAAAGCUGUGUUCUACAGUGCCAAAUACAAACCCAACAUUGACAUCAACUCCUCGGCAAUGACUGUAGGCAGGGCUACGAUCCCACGUAAGCUCAGCGAUGUAGCAAUGAUGCACAUAGGAGGCAGCGCUUGCUUUGCGCACACGAGGCACGCAGUGUCGCUGUUGGAACGUGUUGCGGUGUGCGUACAGAGGGGGGAACCAGUGCUGCUGGUGGGAGAAACCGGUACUGGCAAGACCUCCUCAGUGCAGUACCUGUCCACACAAACUGGUCACACUCUCAAGGUGGUGAACAUGAACCAGCAGAGUGACAGUACUGACCUGCUGGGCGGGUUCAAACCGGUUGACGUGCGGCUGCUGGUCAUGCCGGUUAGGGAGGAGUUUGAGGCGGUUUUCUGUCAGACGUUCUCGAGGAACCAGAACACCCAGUUCCUGGGGCACGUCGCCGACUGCUUCACGAAGCGGCGCUGGCAGGACCUGCUGAAACUCAUGCUCCACUGUCAGAAGAUGGGCAUGAAGAGGCUCGGGGAACCACAAGAAGGAGAGAAGAGAGAUCUUGUGGACAGAUGGAAAAAACUGGCAGAAAGGCUUGCCCAGCUGCAGUACCAACUGAAGACAGCAGAGAGCGCUCUUGCAUUUAGCUUUAUUGAGGGCACCCUGGUGCAGGCGGUGAGGAAGGGAGAAUGGGUCCUUCUGGAUGAGAUAAACCUGGCCACUGCGGAGACUCUGGAGUGCCUGAGUGGACUGCUGGAGAGCGUGUCGGGUUCCGUGGUGUUGAUCGAUCGUGGCGACACGAAACCUGUAACCCGACACCCUGACUUCCGCCUGUUCGCCUGUAUGAACCCUGCAACUGAUGUGGGGAAGAAAGACCUUCCACCAGGCAUCAGGAGCAGGUUUACAGAGUUUUAUGUGGAUGAGUUGGAGGAGGUGUCAGAUCUGAAAGUGUUGGUGCACUACUACCUGCAGGGGAUAGGGGUCACUGCUGCACAGGUGGAUGGUAUCAUCAGGUUUUACCUGAACGUGAGGAAGGAGGCAGCCAAGAACCUGACGGACACCACAGGUCAUCGACCCCACUAUUCCCUGCGUACGCUGUGCCGAGCCCUGCGGCACGCUGCGGGAAACCCCGCCGGGAGCACGUUCCGCUCGCUGUACGAGGGCUUCUGUCUGAGCUUCCUGAGUCAGCUGGACAGGGCCUCCCAUCCAGUAGUGGAGAGGAUGGUGUGUGAACACAUCGUCGGCAAGAAGAACAUCAAGAGUGUGUUGAAGCAGCCCCUGCCCCGACCAGAGAAGGGCAGACAUGCACAGUUUGAGGGUUACUGGAUCACACAGGGAAGUAAAGAACCCGUCACAUCUCAGGAAUAUGUCCUGACUCCAGCUGUACGGGCCAACCUACGAGACCUGGCCAGGAUUGUAUCUGCAAGGCGUUACCCUGUCCUCCUGCAGGGUGAGACAUCGGUGGGAAAGACAAGCCUGAUCACAUGGCUGGCUCAGGCCAGUGGGAACCACUGUGUGAGAAUCAACAACCACGAGCACACAGACAUACAGGAGUACGUGGGGUGUUACGCUGCAGACCACACCGGCAAACUGGUCUUCAAGGAAGGUGUGCUGGUGGAAGCCAUGAGGAAGGGACACUGGAUCAUCCUGGAUGAGCUGAACCUGGCUCCUACUGAUGUACUGGAGGCUCUCAACAGACUCCUGGAUGACAACAGGGAGUUGUACAUCGCAGAGACUCAGGAAACCGUGAAGGCACAUCCACACUUCAUGCUGUUUGCUACCCAGAAUCCACCGGGGCUGUACGGAGGGCGGAAGGUCCUGUCUCGCGCCUUCAGGGACCGUUUUGUUGAGCUCCAUUUUGACGAGAUCCCUCCACGAGAACUGGAGACUAUCUUAGAACAGAGGUGCAAUCUGCCACAGUCCUACUGCAAGAAGUUGGUGAAGGUGAUGCAGGACCUGCAGGCUCACAGGAGGAGUACCAGCGUGUUUGCGGGGAAGCACGGGUUCAUCACGCUACGGGACCUGUUCCGCUGGGCGGAGCGUUACCGGCGCGCCAGCCAGGGCACUGAGGGCUUCUAUGACUGGGACCAGCACCUGGCUGAUGAUGGCUACAUGCUGCUGGCCGGGAGAGUGAGGAGACCAGAGGAAUGUGACGUGAUCCGGACCAUCCUGGAGAAACACCUCCGCAGGACGGUCGACCCCGCACGCCUCUUCUCACUGGGCAAGGACACGUCACAGGUGGCUGCUGGGAUACUCAAACAGGUUUCCAUGGCGACCCCAGACAGGUUCCGCCAUGUCGUGUGGACGUACAACAUGCGUCGUCUGGCCGUCCUGAUCGGCCAGGCACUGAGGUUCGGAGAAGCCGUGCUGCUGGUCGGGGAGACGGGGUGCGGCAAGACGACGCUGUGCCAGCUGUACGCGGUCCUGUCCGACCAGAAGCUGCUGGGGGUCAACUGUCACAUGCACACGGAGACGGCUGACUUCCUGGGAGGGCUCCGGCCUGUACGCUACAGGAGCAGCGAAGAGGUGGGUUUGUUUAUCGACUCCCAGAAGCUGUUCGAGUGGGUGGAUGGGCCCCUGGUGCAGGCCAUGAAGGAGGCAGCCAUGUUUCUGAUUGACGAGAUCUCGCUGGCGGAUGAUUCAGUCCUGGAGCGGUUGAACAGCGUGCUGGAGCCUGGCCGGUCACUGGUUCUGGCGGAGAAGGGAGGCAGUGGGGAGGGGGGCAGCGGGGAGGGGGGUACGGCAGACGUGGAGAACAUCGUCGCUCGCGAGAACUUCAGGAUCGUGGCGACCAUGAACCCUGGAGGAGACUUCGGCAAGAAAGAGCUUUCUCCUGCUCUGAGGAACAGGUUCACUGAGAUCUGGUGCCCUUCGACCUAUGACCCAACUGACCUGGUACAGAUAAUAGAGCACAAUCUGUCAGAUGGACUGCAACUGUGUAACCAGGAGGAUGGCACCAGUGGAUUUGGCCAUGCCAUGAUGGAGUUCAUCACGUGGUUCUGUGACCAGGAUUUCGGCUGCCGUUAUGUCGUCAGUAUCCGUGACAUCCUCUCAUGGGUCAGCUUCAUCAACACCUGUUCCGGAACAAGCGUUGUUGCCAUGGAGACUGUUGCCAUGGAGACUGUUGCCAUGGAGACUGUUGCCAUGGAGACUGUUACUAUGGAGACAGAUAUCCACCAGCCGCUGGACCCAGCAUUGGCAUACAUCCAUGGAGCAUGUCUGGUAUAUGUGGAUGGACUUGGAUCUGGUUCUGUGAGUGUAGCCUGGGACCCCCGUGGAGCCCAGCAGCAGUGCGUACAGUUCCUGUGUGACCAGGUGGAGAAGACAGCAGGCGUGGAAGUGAAGAGAGAUCAGCUGUUCCUGGUGGAAGGGGACGAGAGGAGGAAGCCACAGAUUGUGUCGACUGCAGACAGCUUUGGCAUCCUGCCCUUCACCAUCCCUAGGGGCCCAGUCACCGACGCCCAGCUGACCAGCUACGCCCUGCACGCCUCCACGACGGCACUGAACGCCCGGCGCGUGCUGCGGGCCCUGCAGCUGCCCCGCCCCGUCCUGCUGGAGGGAUCCCCAGGGGUGGGGAAGACCAGCCUGGUCACAGCCAUCGCUAAAGCCUCGGGGAACCACCUGGUCAGGAUCAACCUCUCAGAGCAGACAGAUGUUUCUGACCUGUUUGGGGCAGACCUGCCUGUGGAGGGAGGGGUCGGAGGUCAGUUUGCGUGGAGAGACGGACCGCUCCUGUCUGCACUGAAGGCUGGCAGCUGGGUGGUGCUGGAUGAGUUGAACCUUGCCUCCCAGUCGGUACUGGAGGGUCUGAACGCCUGUUUUGACCACCGUGGGGAGGUGUAUGUGCCGGAGUUAGGAAGGUCAUUCCACGUGCAGCACAACAAGACCAAGUUCUUUGCCUGCCAGAACCCGCUUACCCAGGGCGGGGGCAGGAAGGGGCUGCCAAGGUCGUUCCUCAACAGGUUCACUCAGGUGUAUGUGGAGCCUCUCAGCUCCUCCGACCUUCACUUCAUUCUCUGCACCAUGUUCCCGACCCUGGACAAGGUCAUGCUGUCCAACAUGGUGACCUUCAACCAGCAGCUGUACCAGGACACGGUGGUCAAAGGUCGCUGGGGUCAGCAGGGAGGACCAUGGGAGUUCAAUCUCAGGGACCUAUUCAGGUGGUGUGAGCUGAUGUUGGCCAAUCAGGCCCCAGGCUUGUGGGAUCCAGGAGAACAUGUGGGUCUGAUCUACUCCGCCAGGAUGAGGUCAGCCAAAGACAAGGACACAACCUUGAACCUGUACAGGAAGGUCAUGCAGGUGGAUGAGACAGCACCAGGUCAAGGCUUACCCUACACCUGCAGCAGGAUGUUUCAUCUAACGCCAUACAGCAUACAGGUUGGCCACAGCAUCCUGCCCAGGUGCCUGUCUGGACUGCACACUUCUGCCAGCCCUUCAUGUAGCUUACAGCUGCUUCAUCAGGCACUGGGGGCCUUAGAGGACCUCAUGAUGUGUAUUAAGAUGAACUGGAUGGCUAUACUGGUCGGCCCCCACUCCUGUGGUAAGACAUCGUUGGUCCAGCUCCUAGCCCAGCUGACAGGCCACCACCUACAGGUCCUACCUGUCAACAGCUCCAUGGACACCACGGAACUCCUGGGAGGGUUCGAGCAGGCAGACAUCGGCAGGCCAUGGGAGAAGCUUGUCUCUGUUGCCAUGGAGAUGGUGAAGGACACAGCAAGGAGGCUGGUGCUGGAGGCUAAGGGUCAGAGGUCAAGGGCUACCCAGGAUGCAGCAGGGCUAUUGAAGAUGUGGGACAACUUUAGGAAGCAAUGUUCUAUGGAGGAAGGAGAACCCAACAACAACUCCAGCCUCACCUUGGAGAAGUUCACAGCUUUGGAACAGCUGCUAUCUCAUCUAGAGGUCAUCCAAGGGCAGCACGGGUAUAGCACAGAUGACCUUGAUGUGCUACAGGCUGAGCUGAAAGAGUUGAAGGUGAAGUUUGAAAGGCUGUCAGCAGGCACAGACAGUAAGGGGACGUUUGAGUGGAUUGACAGUGUGCUGGUUCAGGCACUACAGACUGGGGAAUGGCUACUGAUCGACAAUGUCAACUUCUGCAGUCCGUCGGUCCUGGAUCGUCUGAACGCCCUCCUGGAGCCGGGCGGGGUCCUCAGCAUCAGUGAGAGGGGCGUGAUUGAUGGACAGGUGCCAGUCAUCAGGCCACACCCAGACUUCAGGUUGAUCCUUGCCAUGGACCCUGUACACGGGGAGAUCUCGCGUGCCAUGCGGAAUCGCGGGGUGGAGAUCUACAUGACGGGAGAGCAGGAUCACCAUGGAAACCAUGACAAUCACCAUGGCAACCUGGACCCCGAGGACGUGAUGUCACUGCUGCAGGGGGCGGGGCUGGUGGACGAGGGGGCGUGUCAGCAGCUGGUCAGGGUUCACCAAGAGGUCAGGGAGCAGGUCAAAGGUCCAGAGAGCUGUUCCGUCCCAGAGCUGCUGCAGGCUGCAGUGUUGACUGUGCAUGAGCUGCAGCAGGGGGCAGGGAUGUCUGCAGCUCUCCUGCAGGCUGCCACACAGGUGUACGUCAGCACACAGAGGACACUCAGCAACAGACAGCUGGCACAGAGUAUAAUUGAGAAGCACUUCAGUCUUGAUGGGGUUGCAACAAACAGUGAAGAGGAGAUGUGUACAGAUAUGGCUGCACUGUUAAGGACCCAUGAGCUGCCUUCUGCAGCAGAACUUAGUGCCUGUACAAGUCUCAGCACCAUCAAGAGGCAAGGGGCUGUGCUAGUGGGCCUUUUCCAGCAGCUUUCCUCAUCACUAGAAAAAGGGUCUGAUCCUUCUGUGGAUGACAAAACAGUGCAGGAGCUUGUCUGUUUUGGUGUACGAUGCUUCCUGGAAACUGCUUCUCUCUCAGACUGGGAGUUAAGACUUGAAUGGCUACAAGAACAGUUCCAAACCAAAGCUAACAAACAACAGUAUCCCAAGAAAAGCUGGGAAUUCAAACUGCAGAAGUCUUUGGAAUCUGAUGUGGGCUUCACGUCUGCAGCCCUCCAGGAUGUCUUCAGGCAUCCAUUGAUGCAUGACCUUCUGGAAUGUUCCAAGGUUAUUCUUUCCAACAUGGCUGACCAGAAGAACCUGCAGUGCUACUCGUAUGACAUCAGAUGGAACAUGCAGUUCCUGCAGUAUGUUCUAAACACCGCAGUCAGACAGGGGUAUGACAAGGUCACACUUGAAGGUCAUUGUAAAGAGCUGUUCUCAUUUGCAAACCGGUUAAGGCUGGUUUCCCAGCACAGAAGGCGACAGAAGGAAGAAGAAGUUGCCCUUGAGGCCGUAGUAAAGCCAAGAUCAGCACUUGACCUGUCUGUAGCUGUGUACAAAGGGACACUGACAGUUGACACCCUCCCCAGCACUGCAUACAUCCACCUGCUUCCAUUCUUUAGGGAAUUUGAUGCCUUCCUGGAGGAGUGCAUCAGUCAGAAGGGGAUACUGAGUGAUGAAGACCUUACUAUGGUGUUGGUUGGCCUGCAGUGGAGAGACAGGUUCUGCCAGGUGUGCACCUGUCCUGUGGACCUGCAGCAGGUGUCACUGGGCAUGCUCAGUCUACACUGGGGCUGGGUCUGCAGGAAGACUGUACCAACUUUUGGACUUCUCACAGAUCAGGACAGCCUUCCUGUGGCCCUGCAGACUGUGAUGAGCCAGCUGCAGGAGUGUUUGGGCCAUGACCGGGCUGCUGCACUGGUCCAGCUGGUCCUGUGGGGGGCCAUGGGCCAUCCCGGGCCCUUCAGGACCGCCGGGGUCGCAGAACUGGUGGGGAGAUGUCACAAGGUCGCGGACUGCUUGGAGGUCACUGGAAUCAAGAAGCAAUUGAGAAGCUGUGACCUUGAGGGAAGAGUAGUGUUCCAAGUGACCCAGGGGUCAUCUGUCGGAAGGUCGUUAGCAGAGCUGCUGGUGCGGCUGUAUCAGCUGACCACAGAGGAGUCAUCAGAGACAGUUGCAGAUGUAGAAGGAGCUGUAGAUGUGUUAGAAGCUGAGUUGACAGCCCAGGGACUGUUGGUGACCUCUGACCCUGUUGCCAUGGAGACAGACUCAGCCCCACCCCCUGCUCCAGCUGACCUGACGACCAGAGUACAGAUGUGGCCCCUGCUGGAGCACGCAGGCCUGCUGGCUGAGCUGCAGCUGCUCACUGACUUGGUCAGGCUGAGACUUUCACUCACAGAUAGUGGCAGCUCAGUGGAGGAGGUAUUGCAGAAGGUGGGAAGUUUCCUGCAGUACAUCACAACCCACCUGCCUGCCAGGCCUCUGCAGACAGCACUGUACCAAACACUGCAGCAGAAUGGGAACAACAGUGCCAGCCUAGUGAAACUCCUGACAGAGCAGCUCUCCUCACUGGUGAUGCAGUUUCACCACCGGUGCUGGACCAGCACGGUGACCUCUGACAUUGGCCAGUGGUUGUCAUGGAAACCCAGGAACCCCUCAGCUGAAGCGAAGGAAGAGGCUCAGCAAAGUUUGGCAGACAUUCCAGGGAGCCUGAAGGGACCGUCAGCUCUCCUGUCCUCCCUCCACACCCCGGCAGUGUUCCAUGUCCUCUGGGAAGGAGGGGCCCAGGCAGGACCCAUUCAGCUGCCCAGUGUAGCUCUGGGACAAUGCCAGGAAAAACUGCAGCAGCUCCAGAGGCUGUCCCAACAUCUCUGGUCCGAUGCCUGUAGCUUGAAGGAUCCUAGUCAUCAAUUUUGGGUUUCAGACAGGCGGUACCUGUGCUUGUGUACUGCCCAGCUUCUACAAGCCCUGACUGUUCUGAUACCUACUGAGAAACAUCCAGAAUGGGUCUCCAUAGUAACAGAUGUUGCCAUGGCAACAGAGAAACCCUCUACUCCUGUGGUGGACAGAGCUAGGAAGAUUCUCACUGGCCUUGUCCAGGAGGAUCCUUCAUUCCAAACCAGCUGGAAAGAACACACAACUUCACAGAACCUCCAAAUCCCUCGAUCUACCAUGAACCUGCUCACCUCGUGCCUGCAAAGUCUGGAGGACAUGGGUUGUCAGGACAUCAGGGAACGGGGUAGAGAAGAGUGGCAGUACAGGAGGGAAUGUGGUAGCACCUGGGUGCACCUGGGGUUGCUGCAGCUGCAGCUGCUGGCGCCACAGGGACCAGUCGAUCCAGCUGAGAAACAGGCAGUGAAGCUGGGUUAUGUUAGGGAGGAGAUCCAGACCCUGGAGACAGAGCUGAAGGUCAGGAACAUGACCUCUCAGCUGCUGACAGGACGACCUCUGGACCUGACCAAGGUCGGACUGCAGGACCAGCACCCCAGAGUCAGGUUCUUAGUCUCCAGGCUGGAGAGUCUGAAGGAGCAGGAGAAGGAACUGGUCACCAGAGUGGCUGCCCGACCCUCUCCUUCACAGUUUGAUGCGAUCCUGAGAGAUGUUCGUCACUACCAGACAAGUGUCGGCUCACAGGACACUGUCCUGGCUCUACUGUCCGGCCUGGCCAACUGUGGGGAGGGAAAACUCAGGAAGGGGCAACACAACAAGUUGAGGAGUCUUCUGAGUCAGGAGCAGGCGUGGCAGACGUCUCAGCAGCAGUUCCUGAGACACAUGCAGAGGGACUACCCCAUGUACGACGACCUGCUCACCCCCUUCCUCAGUGGUAUAGCCCAGAUGGUCCAUGGGAUAAGGCUGGUAGCCAGUGCAGUAUACAUCUCACUACAGAGGAGCAGCCUGAACCUGACUCUCUCACCUGGACUGAAGCUCCAGACUCCAGAAGACUUGAUCCGAUGUCUUGGGAAGUUCCCACACGUCUCACCAGAGUUCCCCAGCUUGCUAGACCUCGCCCGUGCUCUGUGUUCUCCCGAGGCUACAAGUCUGGCAAAGAACGUGAUGAAACUACAGACCACAGAAGGAGUGCAGCACUCUGACAGGACUGUGGAAAGCCUGUUGCACCCAGCCCUGCUGCAUGUGAGGAACCACAGUGUGCAGACAGGACAGCUGACCGGCCCCACCCUGCAGCUCCUGCGGCACGUCCUGCAGGCAUACGUGCUGCGGUGGCAGGAGGGCAGGGAACACGACAAGGAGAAGGAACAGGAGGAGGCCAGUCUGUACAAGUGGAAGAGUAAGACGCAUGGUGAUUCGCUGACUGAAGAGCAGCAAGAGGAAAGGGAAAUCAGACAGCAGUUCCCAGGAUAUGAGGAGGCAUUUGGUGACAUCACAGCAGAACCAACUCUCGGUGACGACGAUGAUGAUUCCAGUAAAGCCUCUCAGGAGAUCCCUGCCCCUGUGCAUGAUGGGAAGCUAUCCCAUGAGGCUGUUCUGCAGAUCUGUGAGGUUCACCACAGCCUGUACACCAGCCUCACACGGACACUCUGGUUGGAUGUCGGGAAGGAACUGACAGCUGUCAAUCAUGUAGAGCCCUUCCUGAUUGGCUAUCAGACAGCAGCAGAGCUUUCCAGGCCUCUUCUUGGGCAGUUAGCAUCUCCAGCAGUACUGGGUACCAGACUGCUGUGUCCCAGAUCGGAGCUACGAGAAGCAGACCACCGGCCUCCUGUAUGUACGCCGUUGCUGUACCCACCCCAGCCGGCAGUAGAGGCAUCCGUCUCCACCACAAUGUCUGCUGCGGCCCUGGCUAUGUUGUCGUUGAAACUCGGUGCAACCAUCGUGGAUGGAGCGUUGUCGGGCAUGCUGAACUUCUGCUGCCACGCCUCUAAGUCUGUACCCCGGCGCUGCUGGUCAUGCUUGAAGUACUUUUCUACUUCAGAAAAGACAACAUCGUCGGCUACCCAUGAGUGCAUGGUGUCCUUGUUCGUCGGGUCGAACGGCUUCCACACCGAGUCGCUAGCGCCGGAGUCGCCGCCGACGCUCUCUCCUUCCGCCCCGUCGUUAGAUGGUGACCUUGUUGGAGGUCACAUUGUUGCCAGUAGUCUGGUGCAAGGCAGACUGAAGCUGCUGCAAACUGGUGCUGGAGACAGCAAGACACCACCCCAGCAUAGCAGACAGUAUGACAUCUACCAUGACCCUAACAUCCCUGAGGUUCUACAGUGCAGAACGUUACUGGCAGGUGUGACAGUCAGGACAGAGGAGCUGCUGGCUCAGUGGCCUGAUCAUCCCACUCUCAAACAGCUUGUUCAGCUUGUGGAAAGACUCCUGUCCUUUCCAGUGACCAGCCCACUCAUGAAGUUCCUAACAGGACUGGAACUGCUGCUGAAGAAAGCACAGGAAUGGGAGAACAAUGCCAGCAGAGAGGUUUCCAUGAUGACACAGCUGGAGGCCAUCAUGCAGAUGAUCAUCCAGUGGAGGAAGUUGGAACUCAGGUGCUGGUCCCACUGUCUGGACACCUGUACCCAGCAUGCCGCUGAGACGGCCAGGACAAAGUGGUGGUUCCACCUGUAUCAGCUGGUCGAGAGUCAACUCUUCCCAGAAGCCUCCUCUUCAGCAAACAGUGAUGAGUCUGCCCAGACUACGAGUGAGUUUGUGUCGAGUCUGAAGCAGUUUCUGGAGUGUUCCAGUCUGGGAGAGUUUCCCGCCAGACUUCAGAUGGUUCACGACUUCCACUGUCACGCUGCAGCUGUGGCCAACAACCAGCAAGCUGUUGUUGCCAAUGUUCUGUGGAACCUUCACUGCUACUAUCACCAGUUCCUUCCGACUGUGCAAGACACCAUCAAGGACCUCCGGACUCCUGUAGAGAAGGAACUCAAGGGUUUUGUGAAGAUUGCACGCUGGAGCGACAUGAAUUUCUGGGCCAUGAAAGACUCCGUGGAGAAAACCAGACGGACCCUGCACAAGUACAUCAGGAAGUUCAAGGAAUCUCUUGGGAAACUGGCCAGUUCAGUCAUGACUUCAAACACCCUGGAAACAGAGUUGGAAGUCAAGCCCGUGGGAGAAACAAAACAUGACGUCAUUCCAGUCAGCAACUUUGUUGCGCCUGAAGGGCUGCAGACAUACUUCCAGCUAACCACAGGGUUGUCUGGUGACCUAACCUCUGACCUGGGGUCAUCUCAGCAACACCUGUCCUCCCUUACCUCUGACCUGGGGUCACUGCAGCCACGCCUACCCUCCCUUUUCCUCCGAAUGAGAAAACUGUGCAGACAGACCAUGGACAAGGCCCCAUACCCCACCCUCAUCUCCACAGUCGACGAGUUUGCUGGUGAAAUUGCAGCAACAAUAAAGGAGUUACAAACACUGGACGUGUCAAAGACAUCUGACAAAGACAAGCAGAAGUCCGAGGUGAAACACAUCCAACUCAGGAAGAGAAAGGCUCUGUCAGAGUUGUUCAAAUAUCUGGGAACUAUAGGUCUGUCCUAUAGAAAAGGCCUGGGUUGCUUAGCAACAAGUGAUUUGAACGAGGCCUUGCUGACUCCAGCGAUGGAUGUGGGUGCAACCUGUGCACAGAUGACAGGAGGCAUUCCUGACAGACUAUGUCUUGGCUGGGAGGGUUGUGAGAAGUACUACUGGCGCUGUGUGUCACGUCGAGCUGCCAUGCACGUUGCCAUGGCAACUCCCGCCAAGGACCUGGGCGGAGCCAACAUCGACAGGUGUAAAGGGUUCAGUGAACACCUGCUGACUGUGAUGGUGGCUCAGAGGGGACACCUGGCUGACAUGCUGGGGAGAUGGGCGGGGCUCAGGAUGAUGCUGUCAUCAUUGGAGAGUCUCCGCUCCACAUUACCAGAAGGUACUGUGAAACCUGCCCUCCCACCACAACACCAGACUGUCACAUGGCUACACACACUGAAGGCCUUACUGGACAGGUGUGCCUGCUGUCUGGACCAGUUCUCCACACUCCUCCAGGCUUGUCCUGCUGCUCCAGAAGGGAACAUCCUCCAGCCCCCCUCCCCCCUGACAGCAGACAACACAUCACCGGCCUCAAGGAUGAGGCUUGAGGAUAGUGGACACCAGGAUUGCUGCAACAAGCUUAAGGAAUGUGGUGAUAUCAUUCAAGACUUGAAGUCAAAGGUGGACUCAAAGACAUUGGAGCUGGAGAGACUGGACACUCAGCUUGUAUCCUGGGAAGUAUUUGGUCUGGUUGACUCAGGAUUCCAGUCCCUGACCAGCCUCCAGUCCAGCCUGUUGUGUAUAGAAGCCCAGUUCAGCAACAAGGGCAGAGCCACAGGUUCUGUCAUCAGGGAUGGCAACAGGGAGUUCAGCACCAGGGACAGAACCACAGGUUCUGUCAUCAGUGAUGGCAACACAGAGUUCAGCACCAAGGACAGGACCACAGGUUCCAUCAUCAGGGGUGGCAACAGGGAUUUCAGCACCAGGGACAGUGCUAACAGCACAGGCCUUGCAGACUGCCUGACUCAGCUCAGAGAGGAAGUCACUGAGAGAUGUGCCGAGUUUGGGCAAUGGAAGUCAACAAGUGGGGUUGUGGACUGCACUACUGGCGCUGAUGUUGGCAGCUGUGUGGAGAGUUUUACUGAAGAGAGAGACUCGGCAGUGACAGCCCUGCUGCUGGCAGUUCAGCAUCUGUUCAAGUCUGUCACUCAGCAGGACACUGAGGAGGAGGCAGAGAAAAAGGAGGUGGAAGAAGAUCUAACCUUCCAUCUGCAGGAAGGGUUGGUUACCAAGCUAUUAGAACAAGGCCUCCAGCAGGACUGUGCCACUCUGAACAUGGGGAGGGUACAGGAUAGCAUAGCUGCACUGGUCACCAGAGUUAGAAAUGCACAGGACCACAACAAUGGAAAGGAUGCGGAUGCCUGCGUGUACCUGCUCCUAAACCUGGUUCCCAUGCUGCACCAGUACGUUGCCAUGACUACCUACUAUUUGACCUUGAGGUUGACCUCCCACCGUGCCACCUGCAAGCUGCUGUCCAUCCUGCUGGGGCUGUUCUCUGACCUUGCCAGCAAGGGCUUCUGUCUGCCAGCAGAGUUGAGUGAUGAGUUGGGAGGGGAGGGAGCCACACAGUUUGAGGACAUCGAGGGAGGAGGGAUCGGAGAGGGGGAGGGAGCCAAGGACGUCAGCGAUCAGAUCGAAAACGAAGACCAGCUCCAGGAUGCCCAGAAGCCUGACCAGGACCGUGAAGACCAGGACCCUGAUCAGCAGCCGGACGUGCAGGAUGAGAAAAAUGCUAUCGAAAUGUCGGACGACUUUGACGGAAAAAUGCACAACCUCGAAGCCGAGGGAGAGAACUCUGACUCAGAGGAGGACGAAGCCGACGAAAAUGAGCUGGACAAGCAGAUGGGAGAUGUGGACGGGGAGGGGGCUGAGAAACUCGACGAGAAACUCUGGGGAGACGACAUGGAAGAGGAGGAACAGCCAGAGUCUGAGAAAGAAGAACAUGGCAAAGGUGCUGAGCAGGAAGAGGAUUCCAGAAUUGUAGCCAAGGAUGACAACAAAGACGAAGGUCAAGACAAGGAUAAGAAGGAUGAUCGACAGAAGAAACAGGAGGAAGAAGACGGAGAAGGAGAAGAUGACGUCCAGCCUCAUAACCUGGAGGAGCUGGAUGAGAGAGAGUAUGAUGAGAAUGAGGUUGACCCUUACCAUGGUGAUGACCAGGCCCCGCCCCCUGAACCAGAGGUCAUUGACCUUCCUGAAGACAUGGAGCUGGAUAAAGAGGAGGGAGAGGAGGACACUGAAGGCAAAGAUCAAAUGGAUGUUGAAAAUGAUGAUGUGGAAAAAGAUAUGAAGGAGGAAGAAAAAGAAGAAGAUCAAGAAAUGCAGGAAGGAGAAAACAAGAUGGAGGAGGAAAAGGUACAAGGUGAAGAUGAACAAGACAUGGAAGAAACUAAAGACAUGGAAUCAAAGGACAUGGAACAAACAGAAAAUACCAAACAGGCUGAAGAAGAGAAGGAGGAGGAGGAAGAUCCUAAUGAAGCAAGGAAGGAGGAUGUUGCCAUGCCAACAGAUGUGGAAGAUCAGGAAGAGGAUGAAGGACAACCAGAUGGAGAGAAAGGGCAGCAUCCAGAAGACCACCCAAACAUGGACAACUCAGUUGAAGAUGAACAAGAAAAGGAAGAGGAGAAGAAGACCGCUGAGAAGUUCGGUGUUGCUCAGACCAGCCAGGAGGCCAUACAGAACCAGGAUGCUCCUCCUGACAGUACUGCAGACCCUGCCAGCAAGGAGGACCAGCAGGACCAGGGUGUUGGGAUGACCCCAUCAGAUCAGGAUGGUGGAGAGAGCGGCGUGACGUCCAGCGCGGUGGCUCCCUCAGAGGACAGGAGACGUCAGCAGCCCAGCAAGAGAAAACCAGGACAGUCGGACUUCGAUCGCAGCCUGGGGUCACACGAGGACACGGUGCACAAGAGACUCCGGACUAUGGAGUCUGCUGGGGAAACUCAGGAGGAAAGGGAGACCAAGAAUGAGUCAGCUGACAUGUAUGAACACGUGAAAGAUGCGGAGUCCUCCUACGACACCCAGACGUUGGACGCCGCGACUCGGGAACAAACGGAAUCCCAGCAGCCUCCAGUGCUGACAGACUCAGAGGGAGAGGACCAGGAGGAUGCUGAGAUGGAGAUGGAGGAUCUGCUCAAAGAUGCAGCAGAGAAACAGGAGGAGCAGAAGGGGAAGGCUCUUCCAUCAGCCAUCCUGCACCCCCAGACGCAGGACCAGGAGAAGUCGGAGGGAACAGAGGGAGAUGGGGAGGGAGGGGAGGACAGAGAUGACACGCAGGGGGGAGAGGAGGAGGAGAAGAAGGAGAGAGAAAGGAGACUGGAGUCCACCAUCCACACUGUGAGAGAGAUGGAUGUACAGAUUGGGCAGCCUCCUACCAGCACAGCUGACCUUGAGGAGCUAAGGUCACAGUUGGAGCAUCAGCUGGUCGACUUGAGGCAGAAACCUCAAGCUUCAGCAGAGGAGACCAGACAGGCAGUGGAGGCGUGGCAGGGGUAUGAGAUGCUGACGUCAGGGUUGGCUCGGGAGCUGUGUGAGCAGCUCAGACUCAUCCUGGAGCCGUCACAGGCAACCAAACUCAAGGGAGACUACAGGACAGGAAAGCGGCUGAACAUGCGGAAGGUCAUCCCGUACAUCGCCAGUCAGUUCCGCAAGGACAAGAUCUGGUUACGCCGGACCAAACCCAGCAAGAGGCAAUACCAGAUCAUGUUAGCUGUGGAUGACUCUCUCAGCAUGGCAGACAAUCACUCCCAACAGCUGGCAUUUGAGUCCCUUGCGGUGAUGAGCAAUGCUCUGACUUGGCUGGAGGCAGGAGAGUUGGGUGUCUGCAGCUUUGGGGAGCAGGUUCAGCUGCUGCAUCCGUUUGAGGAGCAGUUCUCGUCCCAGUCCGGGGCUCGCAUCCUGCAGCGCUUCACCUUCCAGCAGAACAAGACUCAGAUAGCACAGCUGCUUGAGAGCAUGACGGCCAUCAUGACGUCGGCACGGAGACGGCUCCACUCUGUGACCGCGCCGGAGACGGCCCAGCUGCUGCUGGUGGUGUCCGACGGGCGCGGCCUGUUCCUGGAGGGGUCAGAUAAGGUCAAGGCCGCGGUGCGCGCUGCCAGGGAGGCCAACAUCUUCCUGGUGUUUGUGGUCAUCGAUAACCCAGAUAACAAGGACUCCAUUCUUGACAUCAAAGUGCCAAUCUUUAAGGGACCAGGAGAGAUGCCAGAGAUCCGGCCAUACAUGGAUUACUUCCCCUUCCCGUACUACCUGAUCCUGAGGGACAUCAACGCGCUGCCCCCCACCCUCAGCGACGCCCUCAGGCAGUGGUUCGAACUGGUCACAGCAGGGGACUUGUAGGGGCAUCUUACAGGAAUGAAUGAGCCUAAAAUGAGUGAAUGAAGAGUAAAAAUUAUGUAGCAAUGAACAUACUAGUUAUAAAAGUACUGCUCCAAACUUUUGUCCAGUCAGAUAUAGAUGUAAUUAUAAAGUAUAAGAUUACAUUCAAUAUGUAUCAGGAUAAAAGAUUACAUAUUAGGAGAAUCAUUAGCACUCUAUAUCUAGUAUGUAAAUACCAAAUUUAA